AUGAACUAUCUGAAGCUCAGUGGUGUAGCUUUGGCCGAGCAGGUCAGCGCGUUGCGUGAGGAUGGAAAACGGACGGCCCCGGAAACCAUCAGCCGUUGGCUGAACGGUACCCGCCCUGUUGAUCCAUUUCUCAUGGGGUGGAUUGCCGAACUGGUGCGCUCCAAACUGAUCAGCCAGGAGCCGUCACGAGUGGUCUUGCCCAAUGGCAGGAUCAUAAUUGCAGUCGCCAAUCUCAAGGGUGGCGUUGGAAAGACAACGUUAGCGAGAAAUCUCGCUGCGAUUGCGAAAUCUCUUCACUUGAAGACCACUUUUCUGUACGCCGAAUAUGACGAUGCACGCCGUCGUGCCGGCUACGUGUUUUAUGACCUCAAACCGCUCAACAUCAAUUGUCCUGACCUGAGCCCCGAAGAAAUCCUCACCUACCAGCCAGAAGAGGGUGAAGUGGUGAUUGUCGAUGUGUGCAACAGCGUCACCCAAGAUUCAUUUCUGAAGGCCCGAGACCAUGAACAGCCCUUGAAGCCACACCCAAAAGGUUUUCUGACGCGACUCAGGCCAGAUAUUUACGUAAUCCCUGGCGAGUUUGCCAGCAGUCUGGAUAACUGGGGUACGCAGCGAUUGAUCGAGAGCAACGUGCUCCAGUCACCUGUGCAGCUUCUGCAUCGGCCAAGCCUGAUGUGCAUGGAUUUCGCUAGCAUAGCGAGCAAGGAUGGUUUCGACGUCACAAGCGAAAUGUUCUGCCCUUUUUUCAUUCCGCAAUCAGUUUCGACUAACUCCCCUCUUCCCCGUGAUUUCAUGAGUGAAUGGCAGAACCUUGACCAGAAACAUCAUCACCAUCGGCUGUUUGAACACUUGUUGUCGCAGGUCGGUGGAGAAGUCGUUGAAAGCUAUCAGCUGAAACAGAGUGUAAAAAACGCGGGGCUUUUCGAGUUGCUGGAUUUGGCGGAGGCC